CACAAAAGCGGGAGCUCUUGCUCCGUUCAUAGUCGGCAAUCCAGCUUUGUGUGGCAUCUCAAAAGACCUCAUCACACUUCCAAUCAUACGUUCUUGCUCACGAGACGACAGCGUCGAGCUACGAUAAUACCACUUUCAAGCGCUACCCAAACACCAACACACAACCAUGCCUGCAAUCCACCAGUUGGCCCAAGCUGCCCAAAACAGUCCCCUCCGGUUCCUAGCAACACGAAACGGCAGCAAGGAUGGCGACGGCGAUGACGACAACAACGGUCUGUCGGGAGUCGCCAUAGCCGCUAUCAUCGUCUGCGUGGUCAUCUUCAUCACCGUUCUCGGGUGUUGCUACUGCUGCUGCUGCAGGCGGCGCAGACGCAAGGGAAACAGCGGCAGCAGCAGCGACAGCGACGACGACAAGGAUGAAGGCUCGGGCGGCGGCGGCGGCGGCAACAAGUUUGUCUACGACCCGACGAAGUACAUCAAGAAGGCCAUCAAAAAAGCCUUGAAGAAGAUCAAGAAGAUGGUGUCCAAGAAGAACAAGAAGAACAAGGAAAAGAAGGCCGCCGGCACUGCCGUCCACCUCGAACAGACCGGCCCUUACGGCCAGGGCACCCAUCCCGGAUACGGCCAGAAUGAGCGCGAGAUGGGGUAUAACGGGGGAUACGACAGACUCGACGGGGAGAACGAAGAGCGGGUGGCGUUGGCGUCGUCACCCUACGGAGCGAGGAACGACCACUAGACUAGACGGCUCACGAGCGAGCGUACCCAGCACGCUGAUAUCUCGGGACCCUGACGCCCGAUUGCGCGGCUUUUUCUUACUCUAGCCUCACGUAUACCCAUGUUGCGACGAAUCUAAA